UCAAUCGUAACUACAAAAAUGCUGCUCAAAAUUAUAUGCACAAUAUUUGUUGUACAAGUAUCAAUGAAUAGGUGUGAAGAGAAUAAUGUACAUAAUCUUGGGAAACUAGGCAAUUUAACAAUUAAAUAUGGAAAAACGGCGGAAAUACAUUUUCAAAUUAUAGACCCUAGCAGCAAGUUGCUGCAAUCAAAGAUCGAAGCAUUGCAACUUGAACAGUCGAAACAAUUCGCUGAACUCACUGCGAAAUUUGACAAGUUGCUGUUGAGCAACUUGCAGCCAGCUCAAUUUCCGGGGAGUUGUGCGGAGGCUGGAGCACUGAGUCGGCGUAGUGGAGUUUAUCAGAUUGUCAUACCAGCCUAUAGUGUGCAUCCGUUUUUAGUUAGUUGUGAUGAGGAUACACAGAAUGGCGGCUGGACUGUCAUUCUGCGGCGUGAGGAUGGAAGUGUUAAUUUCUCUCGCUAUUGGAAUGAAUAUAAGCAUAGUUUUGGAAACGUCAAUGGCGAGUUCUUUAUAGGCUUGGAUAAACUGCACGCUAUGACCAAAGACCUGAACCAAGAACUGCUCAUAGCCAUGGAAGACUUUGCUGGCCAAAAGAAGUUUGCAAAAUAUGAACGAUUUGCGAUCGGAAGUGAGACAAAUUUCUAUGCUUUGAGUACAUUGGGUGAAUACUCUGGAGAUGCUGGAGAUUCUUUGAGUGGUCAUCUAGGAAACAACUUUUCAGCACGCGAUAAGGAUAACGAUCAAUAUGAAGGCAACUGUGCUGAAAUGUAUACAGGCGGCUGGUGGUACAACAAAUGUCAUACAAGUAACCUAAUGGGAAAAUAUAAUGAGUCCACAUAUGGAAAAGGCAUUAAUUGGCUUCUAUUUUCGGGUCAUAAUGCCUCAUUGAAAAAUGUGCAAAUGAUGAUAAGACAUAUAAGAUGAAUCAAAAGGAGAAUUGUGAGACCAGUUUUUAAUAU